AUGCUUUUCUCGUUUAUCCCCCUCUUCGCCCUUAAUGCAUGCAUACAAACUCACAUAAAACCCGACCUACUCUUGACUCCCAGGGACCUUGGUCUGUCACAGCAUGGGACCGAGGUCGUGCUAGAAGGAAUCAAGGAACAGAUGGACUACGUGGCCAGCAAGAUUGGAGGCACCGCGACUUUCAACAAGAUGGUCAAUCUGCUGAGCGUAGUACAGGUCAUUGAACAGAGUGAAGAAGCAAGUCUCAAGGUGAUUACUGUCCCACAUGCGAAAGCACACUCAUGA